AAAACAAGUUUAGCUCAAGUCACCCCCUUUUAAAUAUUUUGUUUAAUAGGAAAGUAAAAUAUCGAAUGUAUAAUCGAUUUUAUAUGACAUCAGCGUGGCAAAGCACGUCACGUGAUUCGCUGUAAAGAACGUACAACAGUCACUGUAGUAGCCCAGCUGGCUUUGACUGGCAGACUUUUCGUCGUAGUUUUCGUCUUGAUAAAAAUACAAGUAAUUUUGUGUAAUAGUUAAUAUUUCGACGUCUGUCGUGAUGGAGGAAGGUAGCACAGUCUCCACUACUUCCACUGCACCGGCCGAGGGAGGAUCCUACGUUGGCUGUUGUCAUUAUCAGAGGAGAUCCAAAUUUGUCACCCCUUGUUGCAACAAAGUCUAUACUUGUCGCUUCUGCCAUGAUGAGAAUGAAAAUCACCCUGUCAAUCGUAAAGAUGUUACAGAAUUAGUGUGUACCAGCUGUAACACUAGGCAGAAAGUCCAAGCUCGUUGUGAAAAAUGCAACCUUAUAUUUGGAAAGUAUACAUGUCUAGAAUGCAAACUAUUUGAUGAUGAAGAUAAAAAGCAGUAUCAUUGUGAUGGCUGUGGAAUUUGCCGCAUUGGUGGGAGAGACAAGUUUUUCCACUGUGAAAAAUGCAAUAUGUGUCUUCCUAUCAAGCUUCUCAAUAAACACAAGUGUGUGGAAAAUGUGUCUCGGGGAAAUUGCCCUGUCUGUUUGGAAGAUAUUCAUACAUCUCGGAUGCCAUGCCAUAUUCCGGAUUGUGGCCACCUUUUACAUCGCAAUUGUUUUGAAGAACUCCUGACAUUUGGUCACUAUGCUUGUCCCAUCUGUCAGACAUCUUUACUAGAUAUGAGCAGGCUCUGGAAAUACUUUGAUGAGGAAAUAAAAAAUACUCCUAUGCCUGAGGAAUUUAUGAAUUUUAAAGCAGAGAUAUUGUGCAAAGAUUGCCAUAAGGAGUCCACUGUCACAUUCCACGUCGUAGCUUUAAAGUGUGCCAUCUGCGGGUCAUACAAUACAUGCAGGAUUAAAGGAUCUCCCUACUGUAUUGAUUCAACUCGAGGAAGUCCCAGCAAUGAUGGUCAAUCGCCAGGCACCUCAACCUCAGCGUCUAUGCCCUCAACAUCGGCAGCAUCUGGAUCUUCCGCAUCUGGAUCAUCAGCAUCUGCUUCUACAUCAUCUGCAUCCUACUCACCAGCUUCAUUAUCAUCUCUGUCAGCCUCAAUGGUUGCUGCAUCACCUGAAACUUCAACACAGGCUACUGCAUCACAAGAACCUAAGUCAAAAGCACCCUCAUCCUCAUCAUCCUCUGACUAAAUACCAAUGUUGUAAAUUUGCUUAACUUAGAUGCUUUGACCUUAAUUUUUAAUUUUCCCCAUCUUUUUUAUAUGUCCUACAGCUUACGAAGUACAUGACCAUAAAGUUUGUUUUAUUUGGUAAAUACCUAAGCUAUUUGUGAUCUGUAACAUAUUUUCAAAAGUAUGUUGGGUGUUUGCAAUGGGGUAACUUUCUGUGCUCAAAGUGAUUUUUAAAACUCCCUAGGUUUCAGGAAUAUCUGUUCAGAUUAUUUAACUUAUGGUAAUAUGUAAGAAUUCUUGACACUAAUCCUGGAGCACUGUUAUGGACCAAAUACGUUUUGGGAAAUGAGCUAUCGGACAGUAUACAGUUGAGCUUUUCUUCUUGAAGGGUCAUAAAGGAUUUAUCAUCCCGUCUCUUCCUCCCCCUCUGCAACUAGUUUUGUCUAGAACUGGUACUUUCAUCUCUCUUCUGUAAAAAUUUGUCUUUUUAAAAAAUCUUGAAAAUGGUAUACAUCAACUUUGUCUGAAGACUGCUUACCAUUCUACUGGUUCAACAUUGUUAUUUGUGACUUAGAUAAAAUGCAUUAUGUAUUUUCACUGUUAAUACAGAUCAUUCCUAGGAGAAGUCAUAUUCAUUCCCUUUAGUUUAUGUACUGCUGACCCAUCACGAAAUAUCCUGAGUUAUUCUAAAAGUUGUAAAAUCAUGAUUAUGACAAGCCAGUUGGCUCAUUUGUUGAAAUGCUAUGAGCAAUAAUAACAUAUGUUGAAUGCACUAAAUUUGUGCUUUAGCCUUUGUUGUUUUCUGUUCCUAAAUGUUUUAUAAUGUGUGUAUUGUAUAUUUGUCUUGUUAUGUAACAUUAUUCUCCAGACGUGUAAAAUGUCAUGAUUUUUGUUCAAUGCAUUGGAACAUUCCAUUGACAUACAGUUUGAAAGUUUUUUUUUAUUGCUUUUUUUGCUUUUUAAUUGUUGAUUAUUGUAGUCUCUAUGGUAUUGAUUUUAGAAAAAUUUUAUGUAGUGAGUUAUGAUCUUUGUUUGUAUAAUAUGUGUAGAAAGUGCAGACAUGUACAUUAUGUACUGCUUUAGUAGCAAGUCUUGUUAUUUUCUUGUAAGUAGAAUAAGUUUGUUAAUUUGUCCAGUUCAAAGCUGGAUAUACUAGCAAGAAAUCAUAUACUGAUAUGAUCUGUACUAGGAAAGCUGGUAGAUUAUUUUGUAGGAGGUAGCUCUUACACAUGAGCUCUCUUAUCUACUUUCUAACACUGAUAGCAAGAAGAUAAACAUUUCUGGGACAAGGGUGUUGUAACUAAACAUAACAGACACAAAAAGAAAUCUUUUAAAAAAAUUAAAAGAUUUCACAUUAUUAAAUGAGUACCGGUAAUAUUGAACUGCUGUUGUGGACCCUGUUAAACUGAUACAAAGACAAAAAAGUCUAUUGCUGUAAUCAGUUUCAUCAUGUUCAGAUAUAACACCAUUGUCUGGGUUGAGUGAUAAAGUAAACGUCAAUCAUGUGGGCACCUGUUACGAUAGAUGCUAAUAGCUUUUGCCUCAACCAAGCUGUGUACUCGUUGAGGCGGACCAUGAAUUAAUGUAACAGUUUAUAGAUAAUAUUUGUUGUAUUGAAACUUUGUAAAGUAUACUUUGGAAUCCAAGCCGUCAAAAUUUGAGUCUAAAACACUAUUCUGAGCUUACCAUUUUACCGUAUUGAUAUACUCUAUUUUUUCCCCUUUUUAACUGUUUGUUCUUUGUUUUUGGUACUAUUUUUUUUUUUUUUUUCCCUUUCUUUCUUUUAUUUUGUUUGUUUUAAAGAAGAGGUUGUAUGAACCAUUGUGUUUCCCUAAAGAACUGACAGCAUCUGUAUUUUCAAUGGGUAGUAACAUUUGAUGCAAUUAAAGAACAUAAUGAAAAUUU